UGGAUCAUGUGGGCAUUCAGUGUGUUCACACUGCCAUCAUCAGGUUGAGCUCAGGAACUGAUCAGCAGGGUUUGGAGACGUUCACAGAUGGUCUGCUGUGAUGUUGUCUCGUGUCAUCAAACUCUGUUCCUCUGAAAGGCUUGAUAACACUUCUUCUUUCUUUCACCUCGCCAUCUGUGGUCAGAUGCCUUUAAACAUCAAACGAGAGAGCGAACAAAGUGCUUUAGUGAACUCAGAGCCAGUUGAAGGUCUUUCUGUUAUUAACAGGGAUAAUCAGCUACCUGCUAAAUCAUCCACCUGCUAUGCAAAUACUCUCACACAUACACACACACACACACACACAAGACACACACAUCUCCAGCACGCUACUUACUGGACUCGCAUUCAAAGUUCUGGGAGAUUUGCAUCCAAACCUCACAGCAGAGAGCUUCCUGAUGAACUGAACGCCUCAUGUAUCAUGAGUUUCUUUGGGAAGUUGAAACCAUCUCUACUACAUAGCGGACCACCAGCUCCACCCAGGAGAACAGAUAACAGUUCUGGAUAUGGCUGGCCAGAGGGGGAAUUUGAUGAGGAAGAUGGUGAUACAUAUGAAGCUCCACCAUGUGAACGUCCCACCAUUAAAGUCCAACCGCGCCAAGUAGAGGAGAAUGUUUACCUGGGUUAUCCGGAUCGAAACCCGAACCCUGUUACUCCCAAAAGACAGGCAGCACUGCCGCCACGACCGGCCAAGAUCACCCCGAUAGGGAAAAGCAUGAAGCCAGAGCCGCCUCACGACCCGGAGCAGUUUUACAUCGACCCCAAUGAUAGCAAACCUCCUGAGGUAAUACGUAAAGAUAAACCUGGUAAAAAAGCCCCUCCUAAGAGACCCCCGAUGAGACCUCCACCGGCCCCUCAGCAAGACGAAGAUGUUUACUUGGACCCAAAUGAAGGGCAGGAUGAUGAUGGCACCUAUCUAGAACCUGUAGCAGAACCGCCUGCACCCCGAAGCCCGGCCCGCAUGCCAUUGCCUCCUAAAACUGUAGGACGAGACCCGCCACCACCAAUAAUGAAACCUCCUGUUCCCAGAGCCAAAUCUAGUUCGGUCCUGAUCGGUGACACUGUGAACAAAGUUCUGCCGCCAGAAGUAAAACGUGCCACGUUUUCUGGCCAGCUGCCACCCGCACUAAACAGCAAACCAGUUCCUCCCAUCAUCCUCCCCAAAGAACCCAAAGCCAGUCCUUCUCCUCCUCCUCCUCCAUCUCUGGACAGCACAGCGCUUUCUUUUGGAGCAAAGCCAGUCGCUCAGGGGGCGGGGCUACAGGACAAAGAGUGGUUUGCUGGAGUUUGUGAACGUAAGACUGCGGAGGAAACCGUGCUCAGGAUUAACAAGGACGGCACGUUUCUGGUCAGAUACAGCAGUUCUCAGAAUGACCGUCAGCCCUUCACGCUGGUCGUGCUUUACCGGCAGACCGUUUACAACAUCCCGGUGCGCUUCCUGGAGGAUUCGCAACAGUACGCGCUCGGAAAAGAGGGCAAGAAGACGGAAGAGCUCUUCAGCAGUUUGCAGGAGAUGAUCUCUCAUCACAUGAAGAACCCCAUCCUCCUGAUCGACCGUAAGAGUCAAGCUAAACACAGCACUCUCCUCUCACGCCCCGUUCGGCCCUAACGCUCCCGUCCCGCUCUCAUGUCAACCCCCACCGCCUGAUACUGACCCUGAUCUCACACAAACACUCACUCAUACUCUGCCUGAAUUAUUUAUUACAUUGUGUUUGUAAUGCAGUCCGAUGUUCAUAGUAUGUCUUGUGUUCAGUACAUUUCAUGUUUGGGGAUUUUUGAAUAUGGUGACUAUGUAGAGUUCAUUAAAUAACUUUAGUUAAACUCUAUGCAUAUACUGUAUAAUGUUUACAGGACAACUUGUUGUCUCAUGUAAAAUGG